CCUGGAAGUACCAGCAUGGAUCUCAAUGCCGACCGCUCUAAGAGAGAGGCUAAGCUUUACAUGUCCCGCUUUAUUCAUGUAGGACAUCAAUACGUCUCUCCCUGCCAACCCUCUCACGGCAAGAUCAAACCCCCCCCCCUGGUAGUCGUGGCAGGGCAACAUUAUCGCACCUUUGUUCAAAUACCUACCUUGCCUAUCUACCUACCUACCUACCUAAGGUAUCGUACCGUACCUCACCUUACCUAUCUAGGUACCUAAGCUACCCUUACCUUAUACAUGCAAUCUCGACAGCCCGACAAUCUCUCGAUAAUCUCUCGACAAUCCCCUUCGGUGCGAAUCUUCACCUGUACUAGCACCCUAUAAAGCUCCAAGACCAAAGCAGACAGCUCUUACUUAGCGUGGAGUCAACUUAACGAACGUACCUUUCAAUUCGAGCUCGUGCUGUCACCACAUCCCAGAAACGAAACUCCUGUACCCCGCACGUCGAACGUCCCAUACGUCAGUUCGCUGCAUAUCGACCGACUGCAACUUUCUUUUCAACCUUUACCUCCGCGUUCUCGGUGUCGUCUUUCAUCUCCGGGGCUAUUUUGGCCACAAUUCCUCCUUCCAUCGAGAAACUGUGCGAGAGCGGCUCCUGAAUGGACUUUGAUCUAGCCCCUGGCUGACCGCGAUCGCGUCCACAGACCUUGAUCCAGGGUAGGUCCAUCUGGGCCUUGGGAUCAUCGUCUAGAGGCGAACCCGCGUCGUUGGGUGUUCCUGGGCCGGGAUCGGAAGCAUGUCAGCUGUUGCUGCUGCUGCCGCCCAGAACGACGAUAACCACUACGGCCAACAUGAUCACAAAAUCGCCUGGCCGAGCGCGAACAUGCCUUCCUACGGCGGCGGCAAGAACAGCUGUGCAGCAGAGUCAGAGGAGCAACAAAGCAUAAAAAAGGUACCGACACUUGGAAGAGAUGGGCAGGUGCGAGAGCAAUCCUUGCAGCAGAAAGAGCAACAUCAGGCGAAGAACCCAGCGUUGAGGUUUGCCAAGCGAUAUCGUACUGAGGUCGCAGCAAGCAUGUCAAGUGCACUCUCUACGGCUGCUGCAUUCCCCCUUGACAGCGUCAAGACUCGGAUGCAGACGUACAAAUACUCGGGCUUCAUUGACUGUGUUCGCCACACCUACCAGACGGAGAAGCUUAGGGGUUUCUUCAGAGGCGUCACUGCACCGAUGAUAAGCAUCACCGCGGUGCGUACGUUUUCGCUCUCGAUUUACAAUCGAUCCAGAACGACCUACGCUCGCGUGCUUCAGGAGAAGUUUGGCGUCGACGUCGUUGGACAUAUGCGGAAGAGCGGAAACUAUCCCAACUUUUGGACAGUCUCGACUAUUGGAGCUGCCGGUGCAACGGGUGGGUCUUUGAUCACUGUGCUAGCCUGUCCUUUCGAACUUUCAAAAUUGAGUGCGCAGGUAUCUGUUCUGCUGUCGGAUCGCAAAAAUUGUCCGAACCCCAAGGACUAUGCGGUUGCGGCCAGCUACCAGAACAAGGGCACUUGGCAAACCAUGAAGAACAUCGUUAGGCAUCGAGGAUAUUCGGGGCUCUACACCGGCUUCAGUCUUCAUCUAUUGCGUGACACGUUGGGAACCGGACUGUACUUCAUGACGUACGAAAGUGCCAAACAGAUCCUCACUUCGCUCUCUGGCACAUACCAAUCAAACCCCCUCCCUGUGCUCAUAUCCGGGGGCCUCUGCGGUAUAGUGUCUUGGGCUUUAAUUUACCCAAUUGACUCUGCGAAGAGCAUAUACCAACGAAACGCCCUGAUGCGGUCAAAAGGACAGACUGUUGAGCCUGUCAAGAUACAAUUCUUUCAGAAGCAUAUGUAUCGUGGACUCGGCGUGUCCAUGGGACGCUCCUGUGCUGUCAACGCCAUAUUUUUCUCCGUGUUUGAAUUGGCCAAGAAGCGCAUCAAGUCGAUGGACGAAGGCGUCUAGGAAAACCCACCAUCGUACUCCGAGUCUCUAUUAGGUCCGCUCGACGAGAUUGGAUGAAGCGAUGGUUUUUCAGCCAUCCUAACACUGAUUUACAGAGAGCAUCUAACAUUGGUGUUUUUUUUUCUUAAUUCCUUUGGACUUUAUGUAACGGAACAUACGUCUCGAGCAGUGGCUCUAAAUGAGCUUUAGGGACCGGGAAGGAAUUACCAACAUGCAUACUAGGAUGGCGUUUUUUUUUUUUUUUUUUUUUUAGGUUGCUUUGCCAUUCUCGUGAUGAAAAUACCAUUUUCUGGAGGUGGUAUAGCAGGCAGGGCAUUAGUCAUUUCGAGUGUAAGAAAAUCAAAACCAGCCAUUGAGCUACAGUUAAUCGGCAAACAAGUUCCGUGACAACAACAAGGGCG